AUGUCAGCUCAGGAGCUUGCCACGCGGCUCUGCAAGGAAGGGGACCAGCACCUAGCUAUCGAUGAGCUGCCGCUAGCCACGGCUUUCUACAUGGCUGCAUUCAGCUGCAGUGCGCUCCUGGCAGUGCAGAAAGUAAAGUCCCUUGGGAAGGGGCCCUGGGAGAAAGUGAUAGCUACCCUGGAGACGUGGUGCACAGGCAGAAGUCAGAUUCCCAGGAUACACUGCAACAACUUGGCCAUUGUGUCACUCAACGUGGGAAUAGCUGCAGUCUUCCUAUCCACCCUAAGCCCCAACAACUUGGCUUCCUCUGUAUUCAAGCUGGAGGCCAUGCUCAGGCAGGGGCGCUAUGAAGAGGUGGUAAGCCGGUGCAAUGCCCUGCUCAGCACUCAUCCCAAACACUCAGUGGAGCUGCUGCUGACGAGGGCUUUGGCCUGGGUGCUGUCGGGGACGCAAUCUGGGAACGGAGUUGUGGACUAUAUCCAAGCUUUCGUGACGCACCGGGCUGAGACGGUGGCAUAUGUACGCAGCAGGCAGAGGGAACACCUGCCACUGGUGAUCCAGACCUUCUCUGAUUACCUCUCAGUGCACCGGGAGACGGGCCCAAAUAGCAGGGCCUUGGAUGGCCAGUUGGGUGACUGUUAUGACUUCCUCGUUGCCGUGGCACCAAAUGGCAUCCAGGUAUGCCAGGCACAGGCCACGUACCUUUAUGAGAAACAUAAAUUCGAGGAGUGUGUGGCAGUUUACAGCAAGGCUAUGGAGGCCUUAUCUGCUGGUAGCAAGCUCGGAGAUGAGAGAGCUUUGGGUGUCCUCCUAGGCCGGGCUGCUGCUUACUUCUCCUUGGGUGGGCGGACACGGGAGAUGAUGCAGGACUUGAUAGACGCCUUCAAGAUAAGCCCUGGCCAAGCGAAGCAGCACUUUGAUGAGCUUUUCUCAUCUUGCGACACUGAGAGGAUUACAGAACAGGCCAGAGCUGUCCUGGAUGUAGAGUUUGCGGCCUACAGGGAAGCUGUGCGUACUCGGCCUGAGCUCCGAGAUGAUGCUGGCACAGAACUGCUUUCCCCAGUCAUCCACACUCUCCAGUUCCUCAUUCAGAUCGCCCCAGGGUCCAGGCGUGAGCUGAGUGUCCGGCUGGCAGAUUGCCAGCUGCUGAGCAGGCACGUCAACAGCGCUCUGAAGAUCUGCAGCCACCUCUUGGAGUCUGACCAGAAUACUUAUUACAACAGCCUCCUGGUCCUGCGAGGGUUUUGUUACCUCCACGCCAAUGACUGUCAGCAAGCCCUGCCGGACUUCCAGAAGGUCAUCGAGCAUGACUCCCCACACCCCAACAGUUGUGUGAAAGCCCUGUGCGGGCGGGGACUUAUCCGGAUUUUGGGUGGCAGUCCUUACCUCACGGCCCUGGAUUAUAUCACUGCCUGUCGACUGAGAUUAGACGAAACCAUCCUCACUGUCAAGUCCUAUGUGCCCUGGAACCAAAGAGGGCUGCUCCUGAAGGUGCUCCAGGAAGAAGGGCAGAAGAUACUCCAGAAAAAGCCAUCUCCAAAAGGCAGCUCAGCCUUCAGGCAAAAGAAAGGAGCAGGACUGAAUGGAUUCCUGACAAAAGAAGGGGAUGCCUUCGGGGUUCACCAGCUGGCUUCUCUCUUGAUGGAGCUGGACCCUUCUGAUGAAGCAUCUCAGAUCCUGUGUGCCGAUGCCCUGUACCAGCUGGAUCGGGUGGAAGAAGCUCACAGAAUCCUCUUGGUAGCCCUCUCUAGGAAUCCCCAGAGGUCUCCCAUCCUAGCAAGGCUGGCGCUGCUGCAGCUGAAGAAAGGCUUCUUGUAUGAUGGGACUCAGUUGCUAAAGAAAGUGAUCCAAAUCGGAGACACUUCCUGCCUCCUGCUGAUCAUGGAUAUUUUCAAAGAUGAAGACCGGAAGCUGAUGCAAACUCACUGCCACUCCAGGGCUAUGACCAUCCUGAAGAAUAAGCAGCGAGAUACUUACGUCAAAGAAGCUAUUGCCAACCUUUCCUUUGCUAUCAUUGCAUCAGGUGGCCACGCUGAAGAAUCCCUUCUCACCAGGGCCCGAUGUUAUGGACGCCUUGGCCAGAAGAAAACCGCUAUUUUUGAUUUUAAUGCCAUCCUGAAAGAGGACCCUAGAAACGUACAGGCCCUGAGCGGAAGGGGAUUCAUUUACCUUGCCCUGAACCAGCAAAAGGAGGCAGUGCAGGAUUUGACUUCAGCCCUCAAAGAGGAUGCAGCAGUGGUAAUCCCAGAGAUCCUAUCCUUAAAGCAUGAAGCCCAAGUGCUCAUCACUCAGUGGCUACUUGACCACUGCAGGACUGUGUUAACCGAACUUGUUGCCAAUAAGGACCUUCCAAAGGAAGAGACUCUCAAGGAUCUCAUUGUGAUUGGUGGAUCUUUAAUUAAAAUUAACAGCAAGGAAGCAAGAUGUCACAUCUUAUAUACAGACAUCUUAAUUGCAGGUGGGAGGUACGAGGACGCCCUUCUACAUCUUCAGGAGUCGUUUGGCCAGGCGAUAGCCGACAAAUCUGCCAAUGCUCGACUUGCGGUGCUGCAACUGAAGAGGAGCAACAUGCUGCCGGCUGCUCGCUCCUUGAGCACUUUAGCUGAGAAAGGCCCCGGGGAGCUGGGAUUCCUCUUGAACUUUUUAGACGCUAAGCAACGACAGAACCUCUCGCAGGUAGCCGCCCAGGAAGGAAAUGCAUUGAUUAAGGACCAACACUAUGAGACGGCUCUAAAUUAUUACUCACUGGCUAUCUUAACAAGCAACAAUAAUCCACGCUACCUUCGGCAACGUGCUGCCUGCCUAAUGCACCUGAAGGAAUAUGGCCAGGCUUUAAAGGACGUGGACAAGGUGAUCCAGAAACACGAGUCUCAUGGCCUGAGAGCUCAAGUGGAGGAUCACUGCUCAAAGGGUCAGAUACUCUUAUCACUUGCAGACACAGAAGCCGCAGUUAAACAGUACAUUCGGGCAUUGCAACUAGACCAGUCACUGGCCUUGUGCAGCAUCACUAAUGGCCCCGGUAGGAAAUUUUUGGCCCAAACAUUUCACCAAAUUGCACGACAUUAUUUUGAAAUUCCCCGUUAUGAAGAGGCCUGGAAAACUGUGGAUUAUGGUCUAAUCAUUGACAAAAACAAUAAUGAACUCAAGAAACUAAAAACAAGAAUUAAACGAGAGGCAUCCGGGUGCAGCGUUCAUUAA